UUACUUUCCUGUUGUAAAAAAUGAAAUAAAUACCAGGAAAUUCUUUUCAUAAAAUUUUCUGAUUUAAGGAUGCAAGGUUCUUCAAACUUGACUGAUUCUCUGGAUGACCUACCACAAGAGAUUGGUGAGUAUGACGAUUUCCACACCAUUGAUUGGCUGCGGGACAUUGCCAGAGACCGCAUGCGACACCGGAACAUCAUCAAAAAGAAAAACGAUGGAGUUUGGGAGAAAAUUAAGAGUGUCCAUGAUGCCUGGUCAGGCUGGGUCUGUGUUCUUUUAGUUGGGGUGACUACAGGUCUUUGUGCUGGUAUUAUUGACAUCGGUGCCACGUGGAUGUCAGAUCUGAAGGAGGGGAUCUGUGUUGAGGCUUUCUGGUUGGACAGAGAGCAGUGCUGCUGGUCCACUGACCAGAGAGGUGCUGGUGAUUAUUGUCAUCAGUGGAAGACAUGGUCAGAUGUCUUUGGAGCUAGUGGAUCAGAGGCUGGGUCCUAUGUCACUUCAUAUGUAUUCUAUGUUAUAUGGGCCAUAAUUUUCGGAAUUCUAGCCGCCAUGUUUGUUAAGGUGUUUGCUCCGUAUGCCUGUGGAUCAGGUAUACCUGAGAUUAAGACAAUAUUGAGUGGAUUCAUCAUUCGGAAUUACCUAGGAAUAUGGACCCUCCUGACUAAGUCUGUUGGUAUGAUGUUAGCAGUAUCAGCGGGUCUAAGUUUGGGAAAGGAGGGACCAUAUGUUCAUGUAGCUUGCUGUUGUGGAAAAUUUUUCUCAUAUCUAUUUCCGAAGUAUGGUUCUAAUGAAGCUAAAAAGAGAGAGAUUUUAUCAGCUGCAUCAGCCGCUGGAGUCAGCGUAGCCUUUGGAGCCCCCAUAGGAGGAAUUUUGUUCAGCCUGGAGGAGGUGAGCUACUAUUUUCCUCUGAAAACAUUAUGGAGGUCCUUCUUCUGUGCUAUGGCUGCUGCAUUUGUUCUUAGGACAUUCAAUCCAUUUGGAAGUGACAGUCUAGUCAUGUUUUAUGUCGAGUACAAUAAUCCAUGGUAUAUGCCAGAAUUAAUUCCUUUCAUACUUAUUGGUGUAUUAGGGGGUUUGUACGGAAGUUUUUUCAUAAAGGCUAAUAUUGCUUGGUGUAGAUACAGAAAAACUUCAAAAUUAGGAAAUUAUCCCAUAAUAGAGAUACUUGUUGUCACGUUAAUAACAGCACUGCUGAGUUAUCCUAACCAAUACACAAGGAUGAACACCAGCGAGAUGAUCAAAAUAUUGGUACAACAAUGUGGACCAGAGGAUGAUACGGAUCUCUGUGACUACAAGAGGAACUAUAGUUCUUAUCUGCUGAACACGACGUCCAUUAAAAUUUUGACCUCUAGUACGGAACUUGGAGACGGUGUAUAUAAAGCUCUAUGGAUGUUAGCCCUAGCCCUUAUUUUUAAGGGAAUUAUCACUAUAUUUACUUUUGGAAUAAAGAUUCCAGCUGGAUUGUUCAUUCCUAGUAUGGCAGUGGGUGCUAUCAUGGGCAGAAUGAUUGGGAUAGGUGUGGAACAAAUUGUAGUUGCAAACCAUGACAAUCCAUUCUUUGAGAAUAUGUGCCAAUCAAAACGGUUUUGUAGAAUAAACCCUGGCCUGUAUGCCAUGGUGGGGGCAGCAGCCGCCUUAGGGGGAGUCACUCGGAUGACAGUGUCCCUAGUGGUGAUCAUGUUUGAGUUGACGGGAGGACUUCAGUAUAUCGUCCCCCUCAUGGUUGCUACCAUGACCAGCAAAUGGGUAGGAGAUGCUUUCGGAAAGGAAGGAAUAUAUGAUGCCCACAUACAACUCAAUGGUUACCCCUUCCUUGACAGCAAAGAGGAGUUUACUCUCACAACACAAGCUUCCGAUGUCAUGAGGCCAAGGUGUGCGAGAUACGGAUCAGUAGUGGAAAAUGACGCUCCUCUGAGUGUGAUAACACAAGAUUCAAUGACUGUGACAGAAGUGGAGCAUUUAUUAAAGAGCACAUCUCACAAUGGGUUCCCGGUGGUUAUAUCUCAAGAAUCUCAAUAUCUCUUGGGCUUUGUUCUGAGACGGGAUCUCAGUCUGGCAAUAUCCAAUGCACUGAAGAAGAAAGAUGGUGUUAUGAAUGAAUCUUCUGUAUACUUUACAACUCGAGUUCCUGACAACCCUACGGGUCCUACUCCACUGAAACUAAGGAAAAUCAUAGAUCUGGCCCCAGUGACAAUAACAGACCAAACUCCCAUGGAAAUAGUGGUAGAGAUGUUCAGAAAACUUGGACUCAGACAAACUCUGGUUACACAUAAAGGGAGUUUACUUGGGAUCAUAACAAAGAAGGAUGUCCUCCGCCAUGUUGCUCCCUCUGAGAAUGAGAAUCCAGACUCUAUCCACUUUAAUUAAUUUCUUGACUUCUUGUACAGAAUAGAUUAUUUUCAUUCUAUUGACAUAAAACCAAAUCAUUGUUCAUAGAAUUUCAUGCCUUAAAUGUCAGCCAAAUUUUUUUUAAAAAGCAAUAUAUCAAAAUUGUGCCUAAGUCCUACGCAAAUUGUUAUUGCACAAUUGGUCGAAAGGAUUUUGUUCAUUUCUU